UGUAUUAUUACUCACCUCAAUCUCUAUUACAAAAUAUUUAAUCAGUUCACUACAAAUAUAAAAACUUGGCAUUUACUUUAGGUUCAUAGACCAUUAGAAAAUAAAAAUGAAACUUGAACCAAAAGUUAAAACUUCAACCUGGAUUUCCGGUUUUUUGAGAUGGCUUACAAAAGAACACAAAUACCAAGUUUUUGAAAAAUUAAUUGGAAAACUAAAAGUGCUUUGUAGUAAAAAGUGAACAAAAACGCACAAAAAUUACUGAAAACUUUGUGAGUUCAUAGAAUAGAAUAGAAUGCCGACAACUUAUUUAAAAAAAAACUAACCACCUUCUUUGAAAUUUUGUGCAAUUUCUCUGCUUAUCGAAUCUCUUGUCCAUCCAGUGUCUGUCAUUUUCGGAUGGAUUGACCGAUCAAUCGCUCUCGAUAAAAUCAUGAAUGCAUAAACGCUCCGGUAAUUCAGUCUGGACCCGAAUUCGGGCACAGACCCUUCCUUAUAUAGCCACCGCAACGAAUUGUCAAUUUGCAUUCUCUCCCAAAAAAUUCUUACAUUUUAAUUGUAUCGAAUCGUGUCGAAAAUUGAUUUAGCGUCGCUUUUAAUGACGGCAUGUCAGCACGAAUCGCUAAAUGGGCGUAAGAGAUAUGAAACUGUGAUAAAUGAUCUUUCGCUUUCCGAAAAUUUGACUUUUUGCAACAUUAAAGUGAAUGUCUACAGGAACUUAAUGUUUUGUCAUGAAAAAGUAGCAGAUUAAUUACAAAAGCUGGAAAAACUGUCACAGCCAUACAAGCCAACUUUUCUUUAAAAAAAAUAUCAGUGAGGGAUGCAUGUAGUGAAAACAGUGCGAUGUCAUGAUAAGGACAAAAGCAGGACAAUUUUGCCACAGUUUUAUUAAACGAUGUCUUCGCUAUCGCGCGCUCAAAGUUGGCCUCUACUCUCCGGAGCGGCUCCGGUGGAGGAUGCCCGACAGGCCGCUGCAAGAACCUCGCAGAUUCAGGCUCGGCGUUUAUUAUGCCGCCACUACUACCCCGAAGGAGGUUGGGGUUGGAUCGUGGCGACGUGCGCUGUUCUCGUCCACAUUGUCAACCACGGCUUCCAGCUUUCCUGCUCUCAACUCGUCGCUCCUGCUGCAUUCAAGUUCCACGUACCACCCGUCUACCCAGCAGGAUGGCUGGGGGCGAUGUCGACGGGAGUGGCGUUGCUUAUUUCGCCAGUGACGAUUGCCUUCUGUCGGAGGAAGUCGACAAGGGUCACCGCUGUCAUGGGGGGGCUCAUCACGGCGCUGGGGUGCUUGUUCACGUCGUUUGCCACGCAGUUCCAUCAGCUUUUCUUCAGUUACGGCACUGUGGUGGGCAUCGGUGUGGGCAUAACCCGCGACUGUUCGACUCUGAUGGUGGCCCAAUAUUUCAAGAGACGUCGUGAAUUCGUCGAAAUCUUCAUCGUCUCGGGCAGCGGCUUGGGAAUCGCCACAAUGUCCGUCAUCAUCCGAAGCACAAUAGGGGCCCUCGGCUGGCGUCUCGGUCUGCAAGUGGUGACGGGCGCCAUUUCCGUCACCUUCAUCCUCGGCACGUUUUACCGUUCCGCCUCCCUGUACCACCCCCAACGGCGCGCUAUCCUCCACAUCAAGAACCAAAAGCGAAAAAUCAAAGACAAGAACAAGAUAGAGGACAAGAUUCCUUUUUUCGAUUUUAGCACUCUCAAGAGUAAAACUGUCCGAAUUCUGCUGAUAUCGACCGGAAUCAGCGCCUUCGGCAUCAACACGCCUCUUUUCUACUUGGCGUACCAAGCGGAAGUCGAAGGUCUCGGCGAUUCGACCGUUUUCCUCCAGAUGUAUUUGGGACUGGCUUGGACGGUGGGAUGCGUCGUUUUCAGCACUUUAGUCCUCCAUAAUUCGACCGAAUGUCGAAUUGCCAGACAAUAUCUGUGCCAAACAGCCGUCUUCAUGUGCGGGCUGUCCAUCCUGGCAUUCACAGUGGUCAGCGGGAACUACCACGCCUACGUCAUGUUCGCCUGGAUUUAUGGGAUCUUCUGUGGUGGGUACCACUACUCGCUCAAGAUGUACACGUAUGAGAGAGUCCGGGCCCGGAAUUUUGCCCGGACUUGGGGCUUCGUCCAGUGCUCACAAGCCAUACCCAUCGUCAUCGGUGUCCCAUUUUCCGGGUAUAUGAACGAAAAAUGUGGUGACCGCGCCGGCUACUACUUCAGCUCCACGUGCGUGAUUGUGGGUAGCCUCACGCUCUUCCUCAUCGACCUCCACCGACGCAAAAUCUCUCGCCACAAGCACACCCGCGAAAACGGCACGCGCCACCUGUGCGUGUCCGAGACGUGCCCCCAGAGACGCAAACUGUCCUUCUCGCAGGAGCCGGAGAACGACGCCGGGGUGACAGCCGGCGCAGCGGCGGCGGCGUUAGUUUUGGGGGCGGAUUUGGCCCCCAACCAACCGGCGGGGCUCAUCGACAACAUCAUUGUCUCGAACGACAAGCCGGAAUUGACCUGUAUUUCCGAAGAGGGAAUCGCCGACAUGGAUCUUCCCGAUAAUCUCUUAGACGACUUAGAUUACAUAGGAGACUGUAUCACUUCGUGUAAUAAAGUAGAAAAUUAUUUAAUGCUUAGUGAAUUUGAGAAUAAUUUAAUUGCGGAAAUGCCUGUGAUAUUGGACAGGAAAGGCAGGCGAUGGUCGCUGGCCAGGUCCAAACUUGCGCAAAACGAAGAAGGGGACGAGGAGAACGGCGUUGGGGUGAAUAACUCCAAGUGGAAAGUAUUUCCCAAUCGUGUUAUUACUGUCAUUGAUGAGUCGUCCGUUUAGAAUUUAAUUGUUCGUUCAUUACUGCCAAUAGUUGUAUAAAGACUACCUCAUAGAUAAACGGCUAAUUCAGAAGUGGAGUACAAUAAGAACUCGGUGUCACGUAUGUAGUGGAAACGCUGUGUUACUAUUAUUUUGUAGUUAUUUAUAAUAAACAAUAUAUUCAA